UAGUGUUGCAUAUAUAUACCUUUGCACAUCUCCAUAUCAAAAAAUGGCGAAUUGUGUUGAAAAUUAUUAAAAAAAAAAUAAGUUUGAUCGAAACGGUUCCUAUAAACACAUAAACGCAACAGCUGAUGCAAGUUUGGGCUGUGCGAGACAUCUAAGUUCUAUUUGCCUCUCCUUGGAUCAGGUAGGCUUGGUUAUCUGGCAUAAAUGAACCAAAACCAAAUCCAGCAAUUGACCUCACACCUAUCGCAGGCACUUGAUCAAAACUAUGAUGUCGUUAAUAUGGAGGCAGUUCUCGCUGUUAUUUGUGCUUUGGAAGGUACAACGAUUACGAAAGAGCAAUUGGAGGCCACCAGAUUGGCCAAAUACAUAAAUCAGCUUCGGCGUAGAACUAAAAAUGAUCAGUUAGCCCGUAGGGCUAAAUCGCUUUUAAAAAAAUGGCGUGAAAUGGUGGGAAUACAUCAACAGACAUCAAUUGAUUCUCAGCCCCAACAAGUGGAUCAGUCGGCAUUUAAGCCGACAGUUGAAACAAAUCUAAUAGAAUCCGAAUCGAACGCAACGGAAUCAGGUCUACAUACACUUCAAUACACUUCACAGUCUCUGUGCCCUACUUUACCGCGUGCUAUAUCCAAUUUGCACACCAAUAUUGAUUCCUCAGAACCACAACAACAUCAUCCAAUCAACUUCUCAAGCUUGAUAAAUAAUAACAUAAAUAUGGACAAUAAUGACGAAUCGUUGGCUGUCGUUAACAAACAGUUUAUUAAGCAACCGAAAGCUAACGAAUACAAAUCUCAAAAACCAUCAAUAUUUAUAAAUGAACAUUCGUCAAAUUCUGUAUCAAAUGUGUUAGUGGCUAAUGAGAAAUUAAAUCAGGCUUCUAUUGUAAUUGAUAUUGUCUCUGACUCCGAUGAGAAUGAUCCAGGCACUCAAUCAGUCAACAGUCAACAAAAACCGGCAACAGAAUCGUCUUUGUCGUUAGCAACGCCCACCAAUUAUUCCAGGCCUAAGAAAUUAAAAAAGGAUAAAAAGCGCAAGGAUAGAGAUGGUCGAGAUAAAUCCUCUUUAUUAAAUUUCAAAGACGAAACUCCGCAACAGUCUAGAAAUGUGAAGAGAUCAAAUUUGCAUCGCACAUCCAUGAAAGAAUCAAUAACACCAAAAGUAUAUUUAACUGAUCCCGAUAUUUUGUCAUUGUCGAAUAGCUCGAUGAGCUCCAUCUUAUCUGGAGAUGCCGUUUCUGGAAAUUUCCAAAGUCGACUUCGCACUCAGUCAGCAGAUUUGACUUUUGCAGGCAGAUUUAAGUCUGUCUGUCGACUGGAAGGUUCCAGCGAUGUGGAUUCUGUGCAAGCAAAUGGCCAGCAAACUACUAUGAGCAAUGUUAGUGAACCCACUAGCAUAGAGUUACCAACGCGUCCAAUUUAUGAAGAUAAUAAUGAUUCAAGUACCUCGUGUAGUCGUCUAUCGCCGUAUGAAGAGUUAGAGGCGAAGCUGGGCCAAAACCAUUUUAAAACAUGCGACGAAACAAUUCCAAAAAAGCGCGGCCGCAAAAAGGGCUCUAAAGGUGUGGAUUCACUAAUUGCCAAAGAAUCAAGUCUAUCGCAGCAAAUAUUCUUUGGAUCUGGCGUUAAGAAAGUAAAAACAACAAAAGAGCUAUUUAAUGAGAUACAAAGCAGAAAGCUUAGUAUUUCAUUCAACCGCGGCGAAAACACAAUGCCAGCAACAUCAGUAGCGAAUAGAAUAUUAAAUAGUAGUUCAACUAAGAUUCGAAAUUUGGAAUCCCGAUCUUUGCAUACGAGACCAACAUCAUCUUGUUCAGAAACAUCAAUUCAUUCGCCGCGUACAUUGGAAGCCUUCUCAACGAAUGUGUCUCUAGCAGGAACCGAGAAACUUUCAAAUACAAUAGAAGACCCUGGAAAUACAGAUAGUGAUACGAUUACAUCAGAGCCUUCACGAGACAGUAAACCGCGAAACAUGAAGAGAAUACAUUCUCUGGAUAGCAACAGCAAUUCCCUUCAGCAAACAUCAUCGGCAAAGAACCCGGAAGAUUUAGCAUUGAAAACGGACUAUAACGAUGUUACAACGCAAUUAAUGCAUAUAAUACGCAGUUUAAGCAGCCCGCUAAGUGUUGAAGAGACUGAAAAACGGUAUCUGGCUGAAAUGGUGCCGUGCACUUGCAUAAUUGUUGAAGACAUACCAAAGGAAUCAGUUGAAGAGAAUAAGGAAAGUCACAUCGAUGCUGAACCAGAUUUUGUAAAUAAGGAUACAAGUGAUUUUGAGAUUUCUGUCGAUAAAAUGCACAGUGAUCAGACGGCUAUAAAAACUGAGAACUCUGCCGUUGACAUUGCUGAACCGACUAUUGCUCAAAAGCCAAUGAAAUCCAUUUUUGAUUUAGAUUUUGAUGACGACGAUGAUCCAUUGCAAUCGAUUAUAAAAAAUAUCUCGCUACCAGAGUCCAAUGUGCAAGCGACUCUUGAUAUUGAUUUUGAUCUAACAGAGACUAACGCAGUUAGCGCAUUAACUGAAGAAGAUAUUAAUAAAGACUUGAAACCAGCAGUUAGCGAUAUUUUUUCAGCAGAUCAAGAGUCCAGCAAUGUAAUGCCAGAACCUGUUUCUGUUUACACUGUACAUGAAGAUCCCGAAUGCAUUGCAAGGCAACGGUUUGAUGUGCAAACAAAUGAUGUUACAAAUUUUCAUAUAAAUGCAUUGCAUAACUAUUACAUACCAAACAUUAAUGGAAAUUGGAGCAGCAUUGACUCGUCAUUAGUGCUAACUUCAUCCAUAACGGAAUUUUUACACACAGUGGAUUCCUAUAUAGUUAGCGAUGGAGCUGAUGUUGUGCCUAAAUAUGGUUCCCUCACACAUGGGCAACGGAUACGUAAAGAUCUAAGCUAUCUAAAAUGUGUUCAAAAUUAUAAAUCAAAAAGUUUUAAAGCGUUUAUUCAACCGUUUUUGGGUGUUGCUAAGUGCUUACCAACGUGCCGCCUGGCAGCUAAACGGCUAAAGGAUAAAACGAAAGCUAUACCAACAAUAAACAGUGAUAAUACGUUAGUAAAACAGGAAAAGUCUGAAAUGUAUUGUAGUUAUUUUGAAAAUAAUCAAAGUAGCCCCAAUCCGCUGAGAGUUGAAGUCAACACAAAUGAAACACAAAACUACAAUGAAAAUCAAGUACGAUAUUCCGAUGAUAAUCCAAUAGCAAACAACACUGCAUUUAGUUACAAUUUGCUAAAGCUGGUUAAUAAUGAUAUUGAUAGUCGUGAAGGUAGUGAAAAAACAGAUGGUUCUAACAUUGGAUUAGAAAAUGUGAAAUUCCGUCGCCGUAGAAGCAACAGUACUUGCAGCAGUGCCAGUUUACAAUUGACUCAAGACUCAAUAAAUGAAAAACCAAGAAAUCAAAGGACUAUAGCUUCGGAAAAGUCAGAGCAAUCCGAAAGUAAUGUCGAGAGAAACAGAAAAAAACGUAGAAAAGCAACAAGACAAACGUUUGACGUCAAUGAUGAUAGCAUACACUAUGAUAAACACAAUACGCAUAGUUUAACAUUAGAAGAAAACCCACGUAUCAAGCGCAUUAAAAUUGCCAUCAAUGGAAAUAUUGCCACUCACAGACAGAUGUCGCUCAUUAGUAAUAGCAAUAUUAGCAGCAGCGAUGAGGAUGAAACUCAUAUCGAGAUGAGCGAUAAGCAAGCAGGUUACGAUACCACUGAAUACUCUCAGUGUGCUCAGGCGGCAAGUGAUGAUGAACAUGAGUCAAACAGAAGUCAUUCAACGACCAUUGAUAGCAUAUUGGCGGAAGAGGAUGGCCAUAUGGAAAACGACUAUGAGAAUAAUAGCAAUGACGAGGAAUAUGCAAUCGUUCAAAGGCCCUUGGCUCAUGGCGGUGGGGGUAAUAAUCAUAUUGUGUUGACAAUAAAGAAAACACCCAGUAAAAUUAACUCACCGGCUAACUCUCUAUCAGCAAUAUCUCCAAUUGUUGUUGGAGUCGCCGCCGGAGCUGAGACUACAAUUGAUAAAGAGUCCGAAACUGAAAUAAUUGAACCGUAUCAGCCCCAAAUCUCUGUGGAGGCAGAGGAUGAACGAAAUGGUUUGCAAUCAAUUUCGAUAUCAGACCCCUGCUACGAUAAGUUGGAGAAAUGUUAUGGCUAUCACCACCGUUGUCGUCGGCUACGACGUCGACAUCGACAUCGAAGUCGACAACAGAUUUGCCAGAAAGAAACAAUAGAUUUGGAACUAAGACAUUUAUUUAACCAUGUUGGCCGCGGUGCACAGCCGAUGGUAAAAACGCAUCGAAAAUUGUUUUUCACAAAUGAAUUGUGCAGACAGGACAGGGCGGGAAGAAAUGAGCGCAUCGUUAAUUACAGCAGCAGCAGCAGUAGUAGUAGUAGCUGUGGAAGCAGUAGUUCCAAUGAGGAGGAUGAUAGUGAACGCGAGGAAAGGAAUCAGAGUACUAAGCAAGCUGAACACUGUCAAAAUGCCUUUUCAAAUAAUUAUAAAUUAAAGAAUGAGACUGACCCAAUCGCGUCUGUAAGCAUUGCCGGAAAACACGAUGACCACCAAGAGGACUUUUACUUCUAUUCUAGUGAUGAAUCCCUGAUUGAUGUUGAAUUCGGCAAUCAAAAUGACGAUGCUGGCAAAGAAGAAAAACUUAAAGAUAUCAAGUUAAAUACGCUAAGUGAAUUACCAUUAGACAACAAUGGCAUGCUGCCGUCGUUCAACUCUAUUGGUGCGACAGAUCAUCAGCCAAAGCUCACAUCUGUAGCAGAUCUGAAUUUUAAUGAUGCUAAUAUAUGCUAUACUAACGAUAAUUUAAGUGUUAUUAAAUCACAUAGCUUAGACUCUGUGAGCGAUGCGAGUAAAAUGCAAUACGUCAUUAAUAAUCUAACAUCAAAUGUAAUGUUGAAAAGUACCGAAAAUUGUAAUCAAAUAAUAUCGCAGCCGACCAUUGAAUAUAGAAGUGGUAUUCGUGGUGUUGUCGACGAAUCUACCAGUAGUAAAUGUAGUAGUCGAGUCCAACAGUUCAAGGAGUGGCACCAAGUUCUCCAGCUUCAAUCCUAUAAUAAUGAACCAUUGAUAGUUUUGCCAUACGUUGUCCUGGAAUGAACCAAUUUUGAAUACGACAAUAUGUGUGUGGAUCACUUAGUAUAUUUGACAACUAUUAUUUGAUAAGCCUUUAUAAAUCAGCAAAAAUGUUCGGAUUAUAUAAUAUUUACAUGUGAUAGGAAGUUAAUACCCUCCCCCUCCUCCGCCCUCUCCUGCCCUUCCUCCUCCUCCCCUUUCUCCUCCUCCUCCCCUUCCU